AUGGGUGAAAAUGACGAUGGAAUAUUUAUGGAACGUCGUAAUGAUGCCUUGGUUGAGAAGCUCUCCGGGAAGGUGGCUGCAUUAAAGAAGAUAACAAUAGCAAUUGGUGAUGAUGUACGAGAACAAAAUCGUUUGUUAAAUGAAAUGGAAACGGAUUUCGAUGCGUCGAAGGGUUUGCUUGGUUUAACGAUGCGGAAAUUGGAUCGAGUUGCUAAAACUGGUGGCAAACAUUUGACAUCCGAGUUGUUUUCAACUAAGAUGAUGCCAUCUUUGGAUCUUUGGGCGCAUGCUGAUGUUCCAUGGGAACUGCAAGCAAUGCAGGAAUCGUUGCGACAAAGAUUCCUUCGGCUCUUUCAAUGCUAA